ACAGUGUGACCAGCACAGCAGCAGCAGGGUGGAUUUCCUCUGUGUUUAAAGAGAGAAAAAGAAAAAUGACCGCGUGUCUGUAGAGAUGCUUUGCAGUUCAGCCCGGCUGAAGCUGACCGAAUGAGACUAUGGGCUGUGCCUCUGCCAAGCAUGUUGCUACUGUUCAAAAUGAAGAGGAGGCUCAGAAGGGGAAGAACUACCAGAACGGAGAUGUGUUUGGCGAUGAGUAUAGAAUCAAACCUGUGGAAGAGGUCAAAUACAUGAAAAAUGGGGCAGAAGAGGAACAGAAAAUAGCAGCCAGGAACCAAGAAAACCUGGAAAAAAGUGCCAGCUCGAAUACAAGGCUUAAAACUAACAAAGAAAUCCCUGGAUUGGUCCAUCAACCCAGAGCAAACAUGCACAUCUCUGAAAGCCAACAAGAAUUCUUCCGAAUGCUGGAUGAAAAAAUUGAAAAGGGUCGGGAUUACUGUUCUGAAGAAGAGGAUAUAACAUAGCAUCGGUUCUCCCACUCAGACCAGGAGCUACUACUGUGUAAAUAGGUUACACCCCAGUUGAAACCUUUGCAAAGGUCGGUUCUCUUCACCGAACAGCACUAUAGCAAAUGAAGAUCGUUCCAUAUCGUAUGCCCCAUUAAAUUACAGUGUUUCUUAAUGAACCUGCAAAGGAAUAUUGCUAAACACAAACACACACACAAAACAAAAAACAAACAAACAAACAAACAAAAAACUGUUCUGGAACUUUCUUUGUUGCUGCUAGUUAAAACUUGUUGCAACUUUUCACUUCUCUUGUGUCCAAGUAUGCAGCAAAGUUGUGCAGUUCACUUAAAGAUACUAUUGGUUUUCCGAUGCUCUCCGACCUGUUUUCUAUAAGAUGAGGUAGUGAUGAACUCUGAUACAGACUUCAGUUCUAGCCUGGUUCUGCUUUGAAGUCAAGCUUCUCCCAUCUUUCCUCCUUAUCCAUCUCUUCCACGUGGUCCAGAGAUGGCCUGAGCCUUGCUUCUCACUGGUAAUGUGGGUCUUUGGAGAUGGGAUGGUGGCCAUGGUGAGCCUUGUUUCUCUGCUCAGAAGUAGAAGAGCCACAGUUGGUUAAAAGUAAGCUGUGACCUGGCUCCUGGAAGUGACAUAGGAGUGAGCCACAGGUUGUUCCACUUACUAGGACUCUUGGUGCAGGGUUAAGCUUGUAGCAUUGGCUUUUCUCAGACGCAAAUGGAAGUGUGACCACAAUCAUUUUGAAUCCCUCGUCCUCCUCACUUUUUUUUCUAAGAAAUAAACAUUUUACUGUUUUUAUGUA